GAGUUGAAGCGAACAUCUUCGACUUUUCAAAGCGAACACACUUCACCGCUGCUCGGCUGCUCCGCCCGCCGACAUGCCCCGCACCGCCCGCCGUCUGCGCGGGACGAACUGUGGACGUAGCGCCUGCUAGCUGCGGGGAAGAUGAGCGACGCGGGCAGCGCAGGGAACAGCGUGCCUUGUUCGGAGCUGGACGGCUCGUGUGUCGGAGCGCAGGAGUCGGAGCGCGGCGAGGCCAGCAGAAGCCUGUAGCACCGAGCUAGCUGCGCGGCUAGCUUCCUAAGGUUACAGGUGUUGAGGUAGCAAAUAACCAAACACAAGUCGUAGCUGUCGAUUGCUGCCAACAAGUUAAGCUCUAAUAUAUUUAUGUAACACUGCCCUAAACGUGCCUGCUGUUGUAUUUUUAGCAGAAGUACCAGUAUAAGUGAUUGUUGUUAGCCGUUAGCCGCUGCUCCGUGUUUACAGCAGCAGGCUAGCUAGCGUUAGCCUCCGAGUUCACUUUACUGCUACAUGUGCUUAUUUUCUCGUUUUUAAAGCUGCGCUUUUUCUCGUUGCCCCCCCGACUCAAAUUGGGACUCGCUUUGUGGUUUGGAUUCAUUAGCCCCCCCUUUUUUUUGUUGUUGUAAAGAAGCAAGUGUAACUUUUCCACCGUGCCUGCCCGGACUGACCCACCCGCACAGACUGAUCUAUCCGGGGCCGAUGCUGACAGUUCAGCCCGGAUCACGGCCACGCCAGGAGCCGCUCCAACGAUGCAGCCCCAGCAGAUCUAUGACUUUCCAAGUGACGACAACAAUCACAAAUGGAGAGGCCUCUUCGUGCAAGCUUUACGAAAGGUACAGAAGCAGGUCCACCCAAACCUGACGGCGAAGGAGGACGCCCUCCAGUACGUUGAAGAGCUGAUCCUGCAGCUGCUCAACAUGCUGUGCAUGGCGCAGCCCCGCUCUGUGCAGGACGUGGAGGAACGGGUGCAGAAAACUUUUCCACAUCCUAUAGAUAAAUGGGCAAUUAACGACGCCAUGGCAGCUAUAGAGAAACGUAAAAGAAGAAACCCGUUACUUCUCCCUGUGGACAAGAUACACCCGAUGCUGAAGGAGGUUUUGGGCUACAAAGUGGACUACCACGUUUCUCUCUACAUCGCGGCCGUGCUCGAAUACAUAUCAGCAGAUAUCCUCAAACUGGCAGGCAACUAUGUCGGCAACAUCCGUCACUUUGAAAUCACCCAGCAGGACAUCAAGGUGUCCAUGUGCGCCGACAAAGUAUUGAUGGACAUGUUUGACCAGGAGGACAUCGGCUUGUUGUCCCAGUGCACGGAGGAGCCCUUGUCCUUUGGGGAGCUCACGUACGACGAGCUGAUUAGGCUUGAAAUUGCAGAAGAAAGACAAUAUCUGCGAGAGCUCGACCUUAUUGUGAAAGUGUUGCGGAAUCACUUCCUGUCUUAUCCCAAAAUCUUCUCGGCACAGGACGUGGAGGUGACCUUCAGUAACAUCCUGGACAUCCACGAGCUGACGGUGAAGCUCCUCGGACUCAUCGAGGACGCUGUGGAGAUGACCGCUGAUGGCAGUCCUCAUCCGCUGGUGGGCAGCUGCUUUGAAGAUCUGGCAGAGGAGCAGGCAUUCGACCCCUACGAGAUCCUCGCUCAGGACAUUCUUGACGUGAAAUUUGCCGAUCACUUCGGCAGCCUGAUGGCCCGCCCCACCGUUUGGCAGAAUUUACAGUUGGUUGCAGAGGGCUUUAAAGAGUUUGUCCAGUAUGUCCUCCCCCAGCUGAUGAAGGCUCCAGUGUACCACUGUAUGCACUACUUUGAGCUCCUGCAGCAACUUCAAGAGCGCAGUGCCGACCAGGAUGACAGAGAAUGUCUGAAGCAGGCUCUUACCGCCUUGCUAAACCUUCAGAGUAGCAUGGAGCGAAUACUUGCUAAAUACCAUAUUCGUCGCGUCUUUGCAAGUGACCCUAUAUACCGCUUGUACAGCCGGCAGGUUCGCAGCAAACAACAAGCCGUCAAGCGCAUGACGGAGGUCCAGAAAAGCAUCGACGGCUGGGAGGGGAAAGACAUUGGUCAGUGUUGCAGUGAGUUCAUUCUUGAGGGGCCGCUGUUUCGAGCCGGCGCUAAACAUGAGAGACACAUCUUCCUGUUUGAUGGCCUCAUGAUCAGCUGUAAGGCCAACCAAAGUUCACGGCUCCCGGGGUCCGGUAGCGGCGCAGAGUACCGCCUCAAGGAGAAGUUUGUGCUGAGAAAGAUUCGUGUUGUGGACCGCGGAGACACGGUGGAGCUGCAAAAUGCUUUUGAACUAAUAGGCAAAGAUGAAAGCAGCUCAAUUUUUUGUGCACGGACAUCAGACGACAAAGCUCUUUGGAUGGCAGCACUGGUGACUCUUCAGUACCGUUCCACGUUGGAUCGUAUGUUGGACACGGUGCUGCUAACUGAAGAACAGGAGCAUCCUCUGAGGCUGCCGUCCCCAGAGUUUUACCAGUUUGCUGAGCAAGACUCUGGAGAGAAUAUAGUGUUUGAGGACAAAGUGCAGAGCAAAACUGGUAUCCCCAUCAUCAAGGCUGGCACGGUGGUCAAGCUCAUAGAGAGGCUCACCUAUCACAUGUACGCUGAUCCCAACUUUGUGCGCACAUUUCUUACCACGUACCGAUCAUUCUGCAAACCCCAGGAGCUUCUUACCUUGCUUAUAGACAGGAUCAAUAUCCCUGGGUCAGCAGAGAAGGAGAAGGAAGAAGAACGACAGACCAUCUGGAAUGGUAAUCCACCAACGGCAGCCGAACUCCAGAGGUUCAGGAAGGAGUACGUGCAGCCGGUCCAGCUCAGGGUUCUCAACGUGUUCCGUCAGUGGGUGGAGCAUCAUUUCUACGACUUCGAGAACGAUCCAAACCUGAGAGCUCGGUUGGAGAACUGCAUCGCCACCAAAAUUCAACUUCGAGGCAAGUCGAUGAGAAAAUGGGUUGAGUCCAUCAAUAAAAUCAUCAAGAGGAAACUUCAGACUCAGUCAAACGGCAUCAGCCACUACAUCACCUUCGAAAGCCCCCCUCCUCCCAUCGAGUGGCACAUUUGCAAAACCAGCCAAGUGGACUUGUUCGGUCUCAUGACCCUUCACCCGAUAGAGAUCGCUCGCCAGCUCACGCUGCUAGAGUCUGAGCUGUACAGAGCCGUUCGACCGUCUGAACUUGUUGGCAGUGUCUGGACCAAAGAGGACAAAGAAAAGAACUCGCCAAGCUUGCUCCGCAUGAUCAAGCACACCACCAACUUAACGCUAUGGUUUGAAAAAUGUAUUAUAGAAACGGAGAACAUCGAGGAGAGGGUGGCGGUAUUAUCACGCAUCAUUGAGAUCCUGCAAGUGUUCCAGGAGCUCAACAACUUUAACGGUGUGCUGGAGGUGGUCAGUGCCAUCAACUCUGCCCCGGUCUACAGGUUGGACCACACCAUGGAGGCAAUACCAGAAAGGAAAAAGAAAAUCCUGGAUGAAGCCGUGGAACUGGGCCAGGACCAUUUUAAGAAAUACUUGGCUAAACUCAAGUCCAUAAACCCACCCUGUGUGCCUUUCUUUGGUAUUUAUUUAACCAACAUCUUAAAGACGGAGGAAGGCAACCCUGACUUCCUCAGAUGCAACAACAAAGAUCUGAUCAACUUCAGCAAGAGGAGGAAAGUGGCUGAAAUCACAGGAGAGAUCCAGCAGUACCAGAACCAGCCGUACUGCCUGAAGGUGGAGGCAGACAUCAGGAAAUACUUUGAGAGCCUAAACCCGAUGGGCACCAUGGACGAGAAGGAGUUUUCAGACUACCUGUUCAACAAGUCGUUAGAAAUUGAGCCGCGGAACGCCAGGCAGCCUCCCAGAUUUCCGAGGAAGUCCACGUACCCUUUGAAGUCCCCGGGGAUUCGACCCGUGCGGACGUCUACCUCUGGCACCCUGAAGGGCCACCCCGUGCCCCUGGAGCGGGACCCCGCACACAAGAUCACCUUCCGCAGCAUCGCUGAGAACGACCUGGAGCCGCUGGCGUCUGCCUCGGUGCCCACCUCUCCCAACACCCCCACCCCGCCGCAGUCGGCCUGUUCAGACCUCAGCUCGGUUUUCGAGCACGACCUCAGCAGUUCGUACGGCGGCACCAACUCCAUCUUCGCCACAGUGAUGCUGCCGCCUUCAAAGAUACAGUCAGCCUCGUGCGGCAGCCUCCACCAGCUGGGAGAGGAGCUGAAGCCGCCUCCUUUGCCUCCUCGAAGGAAAGACACCGUCUCCGAAGCAAAGCUGAGCCCCCGGCCCGACAGUCCUCCUGCCAUCCCGCCCAGACUGCCUCCCCCUCUGCCGAGGAACCAGCCUCGACCACCGGUCUACAACGGCCCCCCCAUAGACGGGCCCCUGCCCAGCCCGCCUCCUCCCCCACCUCGAGACCCUCUUCCAGACACGCCUCCCCCGGUGCCCCAACGGCCCCCGGAGAUCUUCAUCAAUUACCCCCAGCCUUCGCCCGUGGGCCGAUACCACUGGGAAUUUGGCAGCUCCCCGAGCUCGCCCAACACCCCCCCCAGCACGCCGUCCCCUCGGAUCCCGAGGCGGGGCUGCCCGCUCAGCGCCAGCCAGAACAGCCUGUGCCCCGUCCCCAUCACCGCCCCGCCCGUCCCCCCACGCCACAUCUCCAGCCCGCAGCUCCCCAAACUCCCACCAAAGACGUAUAAAAGGGAGGCGCUGCAGCCGCCGCUCCAAGGCCUCUCAUUGGUGGAGAACACGAGCAGCAGCCAGUGAUGCUGCAGCGUCCGCCUAUCCACCGAACCACCCCAGAAACUGAUCUGGGAACAGAGAAAACUGCUCCACACACUCCAAACUCUGCAGGGCAUCAGGGGACCACACAGGAAUAAAACCUGAGGACGACGUCUUGUUUCCAGUUUGGACGUUAAAGUCUGAAGUUUUUGAUUUGAGCUGGUUUCAUUCCUUCACAAUAAGAGUCUCAGCUGGUUUCAGUCCUUCACAGUAAGAGUCUGUCACGAGUGCUAACCUCAGAAACUUCGCUCUAAACACCUGAAAUGAUCGUUUCAUCGAUGAAUCAAACGCUGCAGCCUAGACCACCACGAGCACUGACUUUAGUCAGCGCUCAGGGUUGAGACUCUUAUUGUGAAGGACUGAAACGGGUUCUGUAAGUUCUGCUGCAGAUUUCAUAAACUUCAGACCAGAUCCGUCUAAAAAACUAUUUUUCUGAAUUUGAACAUUUUUCUAUCAGUCAUAUUCCCACUUUAAUCUGUAAAGUAAUAAAAACAGCUUCCUCCUCAGUUUUUGUCCUCCGUGGGGGGGGGUGCGCCUGAAACUCUGCCAGAUGACCCGCUGUGCCUCGUGGGAUCAGUAGCUCCGCCUCCAUCAGAACCCUCUGUGCCAACAACAAACCCA